AUGAUUAUUUCUGCUCCACGUGGCAGCAGUCUACGUCCUCUACAUCGUACAAAAAGGACCUGGAUUAUCACUACCAUUGAUAUUCAAGAGGAGGACAAAGGACCAUUCCCAAAAUAUGCUGGACAGCUGUUCAAUAACAAAUCAUUUAAUACAUCAAUAAAAUACUUAAUCAGUGGACCUGGGGUAGAUGAAUCUCCAGAGAUUGGAUUGUUUUCUAUAGAAGAUGAUGCAAAUGGGCAUGUCUUUGUACAUCGUACCAUUGACAGAGAAAAGACUUCAACUUUUCAGAUACGUUUUGAUAUUGUGCACAGAAAAACUGGUCAACCAUUGGACCACCCUUUAUUUUUCAAGAUAAAUGUUAAGGAUAUUAAUGACAAUGCACCUGAGUUUCCCAAGGAGGAAUAUAGUGUUACAGUAAGAGAGACCCACAGUAAAGAUGAGCCAGUUUUUCAAGUUACUGCCUUGGACAGAGAUGAAGAUGGCAAUGUGAAUUCUCAGGUGUCCUAUUCUCUAAGUAUGCAAAAGCCCCUUUCAGAUGGAUUCACAUUUAAUAUUGAUCCUACCACAGGAUUAAUACUUCUGUCAGGAUGCUUGGAUUAUGAGACUGCCAGCUCUUUCAAACUUCUGAUUAAAGCCAGUGACCAUGGAACUCCCCAGCUGUCAUCUACUGUAAUAGUGAAUGUAGCUGUUGAAGAUGCAAACAACCACCAUCCUGUGUUUACUAGUGAUAAUUACCAGCUGCAGAUUUCAGCAGGUCAAGAACAUCCAGCUGUACUAAGGCUCCACGUGGAAGAUAGAGACUCUCCCAACACUCCUGCUUGGAGAGCAAAAUACAGAGUGAUGAAAGGCAACGAGAAGGAACAGUUCACCAUUGAGACAGAUCCAGACACAAAUGAAGGCAUUUUGAGUAUUACCAAGCCUCUUGACUAUGAAGAUGACUCUGAGAUGAGACUUGUCAUUUCUGUAGCAAAUGAAGAAGCUUUUUUCCUCUGUAAAAACGGCACUGUGAUGAUCCCAAGCCUAGAAUCCAUAAAUACAACUGUGUACAUCAAGGUCUUGGAAUCACAACGUGUUCCAAGGUUUCAUCCUCCUAUACUUACUGUCCAAAGAGAAGAUUCAGUGAAGCCUGGGAGAGUGUUUAGGAGGUAUCCUGCCACAUAUCCAAAUGAUGUGCCCAGUAAUAUAAAAUAUGAGCUAGCCCAUGACCCAGAUAGUUGGCUGAGUGUGGAUGAGAAUUCUGGAAUUCUUACUGUGGCAAAAGAAUUUGAUCAAGAAUCUCCUCAUGUGAACAACAGCCUGUACACCAUCAUUGUUCAUGGUAUUGAUCAUGGUAUUCCACCACAGACUGCUACUGGUACUAUCCUGCUUUACUUGUCUGACAUUAAUGAUCAUAUGCCAAUGUUAGUGGAUCCUUCUUUAGAUGUGUGUGACAAAAAUGAAGGGACCCCUUUCAUUAUAAGAGCUAAGUCUGCUCCCAUCAGUUCACAUUCUGGGCCAUUUACAUUUGAGCUGGCUGAGGACCCUGAAGAUGUGAAGCAUAAUUGGAAAUUAGGAAGGAACUUUGUUUCCAGUAUUCUACUUUGCCAGUUUUAUGUGCCAGGAUCUAAAAGCAAAGCCAUUAUUCUACCUGAAGAAGGUGAACAGACUUUCAUUAAUUAUAAUGAAGAGAGCAGAACAUAUUUGUCUCAGGCUGAGCUUGAUCUAACAGAUCAUACUGUUCUCUCACCUGUGUCUGUGAAGUCUGGAAAAGCAUCGAUUGCUGAGGAUGGCCUGUACCCUAGUUAUGAGGCAUUCCAAACAAGACACCUUGAUCACAUCACACAGACAGUGGACAAAAUACUGGGUCAGAAACUGUAUUACCAAAAUGCACUGGAAGAUUAUGGGGCCAUCUACGAACCUUACAGAUAUGCUGAAGAAGGAGACCUAGAACAAAGUCACUCUGUCUGCUCUGACUCCAUUGGCAGUGAGGAUGUGCCUGCUGAUUUUUUGAACACUCUGGGACCAAAGUUUUCUGCUCUGGAAAAAAUCUGUCAGAAGAAAUUUCCAUCAUUCAAUUAA